GGUCCUCAGACAAAAACUGUUUUCUCUCCUCCUCAUUCAAUCACUUCAUUUACCCAUCUACACCGCAACCAACAAACAUAGCAAAAAUUCGUCCCAUCUCUCCUGUUCCUUUUCAGGUUCGUUUUCCUAUUUCAUUUUUCCUUUUAAUCAUUCAUUCCCCUAAGUGGGUUUCAGACUUUCAGGCGUUAAUGUCGUAUCUAUGUGUUCUAUUUUCAAUUAUUAGAUUGUUCCAUUGGGUUGCUAUUUCUUUUUUCAUUCAAAACAAAUGCUAGAUUGAAUAUCAUAAUUCAUGCACGUUAUUUGGAACGUAAAUCACGCUUUGGAAAUUGGGUUUCUCUUCAUUUGAUCUGGUUUUGUUGAUUGGAGGCUGAAUUUCAUUAGCAAUUGUUGAUGGGUAAGGAUGAUGUAUUGGGUAUCUUUUUUUUGUGUGUAGUCAAUCGUUUUUUUCUUGUUAGCGUAGAAUUUGGUGCGAAAACAGGGAAAAAAAUGUCUAGUUAUCAGGGUGUAAUUGUUUCUGAUCCAUGGCUCCAAAGCCAGUUCACCCAAGUGGAGCUCAGGACUCUCAAAUCCAAGUUUCUUUCUGUUAGGACUCAAUCUGGUCAUGUCACUGUGGGGGAGCUGCCUCAAGUAUUUGCAAAAUUGAAGCCCUUUUCCGAAAUGUUCAAUGAGGAUGAGAUUAAGGCUAUCCUAAGGGAGUCAAGUAGCAAUAUGAGUGAAGAAAUUGAUUUUGAGGCCUUCCUUCGGGCAUUCUUAAAUUUGCAAGCCCGUGUAACAGCGAAAUCAGGCGAUUCAAAACAUUCUUCAUCCUUUCUCAAGGCUGCCACAACUACUUUUCACCAUACUAUUAAUGAAUCUGAGAAGGCCUCCUAUGUUGCUCAUAUUAAUAACCACCUGGCAGAAGAUAAAUUCUUGAAAGAUUAUCUUCCCAUUGAUCCAGCUACAAAUGCAAUAUUUGAUCUUGCUAAAGAUGGAGUUCUCCUUUGUAAGCUAAUCAAUGUAGCUGUUCCUGGGACCAUAGAUGAGCGGGCUAUUAACACAAAAAGGGUUCUUAAUCCCUGGGAGAGGAAUGAAAACCAUACACUCUGUCUUAAUUCUGCAAAAGCUAUUGGUUGCACGGUGGUUAAUAUUGGCACGCAAGACCUCGUUGAAGCAAGACCCCAUUUAGUACUUGGAUUGAUUUCCCAAAUUAUAAAGAUUCAACUCUUAGCGGAUCUCAAUCUAAAGAAAACUCCUGAACUAGUGGAAUUGGUUGAUGAUACCCAGGAAGCAGAGGAGCUCAUGAGUUUAGCACCUGAAAAGGUUUUGCUGAAAUGGAUGAAUUUUCAUCUGAAGAAAGCUGGCUAUAAGAAGCAAGUUACUAACUUUUCUUCGGAUGUGAAGGAUGGAGAAGCUUAUGCUUAUCUGCUAACUGCUCUGGCACCUGAGAUUAGUUCCCCCUCAACUUUGAAUACUACGGAUCCAACAGAAAGAGCAAAUAUGGUUCUUGAGCAAGCAGAGAAAUUGGAUUGUAAAAGAUACCUCACUGCUAAGGAUAUUGUUGAGGGCUCACCAAAUCUUAAUCUAGCAUUUGUGGCACAAAUAUUCCAGCAUAGGAAUGGCUUGACCACAGACAACACAAAAUUUUCAUCAGCUGAAAUGAUGACUGAUGAUGAUCAAACUUCUCGGGAAGAAAGAUGCUUCCGACUUUGGAUUAACAGUCUUGAAACCGCUACAUAUGUCAAUAAUCUAUUUGAAGAUGUUAGAAAUGGGUGGGUUCUACUAGAACUUCUUGACAAAAUUUCCCCUGGAUCAGUUGCUUGGAAGCAGGCAAAUAAGCCUCCUAUCAUGAUGCCCUUUAAAAAGGUUGAAAAUUGCAACCAGGUUGUAAAUAUUGGAAAGGAGUUGAAUUUCUCCCUUGUGAAUGUAGCUGGCAAUGAUAUUGUUCAAGGAAAUAAGAAACUUAUACUAGCAUUUUUAUGGCAACUCAUGAGAUUUUCUAUGCUGCAACUCCUGAAAAAUCUGAGAUCCCACUCCCAAGGUAAAGAAAUUACAGAUGCUGACAUUCUAAACUGGGCAAACAAUAAUGUGAAGAAAGUAGGUAGGACCGCCCAAAUGGAGAGUUUCAAGGAUAAAAACCUUUCAAGUGGUGUUUUCUUCCUUGAGCUGCUUAGUUCUGUGGAGGCAAGGGUGGUGAACUGGAGUCUUGUUACUAACGGAGAAACUGAGGAGGACAAGAAGUUGAAUGCAACAUAUAUAAUCAGUGUUGCAAGGAAGCUUGGUUGCUCCAUUUUCUUAUUACCUGAGGACAUCAUAGAGGUAAACCAAAAGAUGAUCCUCAUCUUGACUGCAAGUAUCAUGUACUGGAGCCUACAAAGAAAAGGAAAUGCAGAUGUAACUACUGGAGGUAAUGAGAUUCCUGUUGAUCAGAGUGAGGCAGCUCUAGCUGGUGAAGUCUCCAAUUUGAAUAUCGACAAUACUGCUUGAGAUUCUGAAAAGUUGCCUGACAAAUAAUGAUCCUAGAAAAUUUGAUGAUUCAUACCGUUCAUUUUGUCAAAGAACUUGUUCUCUUAUUUGUUUUUCCUAGACCACAGAAGAAAAGAGUAAGUCCUGUAGAUUUACCUCUUGCGUUUUUAGUCCUAGGUAUAUUCUUUCUAUCAAAUAUUGCAAUGUCUAUGCGGAAUGAUGGAAGGGAAGGAGAAAGCAUCAACAAAAGGCUUCUCACUAUUAUUUUUUAUUGACAAUUCUCAAUUCAAUCAUAUUAAAACCAGCUGGCAUUG